AUGGCUAAGAAAGGAGUUAAGAAGCAGGUGAAGAACAAGGAGGAAGGUCUGUCUCGUGAGAGAAUUGGACGUGCUUUGGGGAGUUUGAAGAAGUACUUGGAAGCUCAAGAAGGAGGGGAGAAGACCCAGCUGUUGGAAGAUGAGAGUCUUGGCGACUUGCAACUGCUUUUCACCAAUGCGGAGUCCUUCACCGGCUCUAAGAAGUCUUUCAAGCUGAAACUUGUAGAUGUGAAGCAUUCUCUGUACGCCAAGUGGAAGGCUGCUAGUGCCACUGAGAUCAAGGAUUUCAAAGUGCUGCUGAUCUUGAAGGACUCUGAUGUCUCCAAAGUCACCCAGGAUGAACUGUAUGAUCAGCUGAACGAGAGCGGUAUUGAGAUCGAUGAGAUUAUCUGCGGUAAGGACUUGAAGACUACGUACAAGGCUUACGAGGCCAGAAACGCCUUCAUCUCUCAAUUCUCGCUGGUGAUUGCCGAUGACAGCGUCGUAACCGCUUUGCCAAAACUCUUAGGUGGUAAAGCCUACAGCAAAGUCGAAACUACUCCAAUCCCAAUCAGAUGCAAUUUGAAAGGCCAAUUCUCUCUUAACGCACUAACUAAUCAAAUCAAGAAGAUCUACUUGCAUAAGCUGCCAGUAAGGGCUCCAAGAGGUAAUAUGCUUAAUGUCCAUCUGGGAAGAGUAAACUGGUUUACUGACGAAGAGAUAAUAGACAACAUUGAAUCUGUGGCUGACGCAUUGAUCAAAGACGCAAAGAUCAGAAACAUAAUGUUGAAGACUACAACAUCCCCAUCCCUACCUAUAUACCGUAACGACAAUGUCAUUGACGAGAUGGUAAAGGAGAACACCGUAGAUGACGAAAAGGCUGAAGACGUUAAGACCGUUAAGAUUGGUGAGGUUGAUGUAGAAUUGUCCAACUUUGACAGAGCUUUGAUGGAGGUUGCUAACCCAGAGGAAUACGAGACUAUGUUCUCAAAGCAAAUCUCAAAGGCAAAGAGAGCCAGAGAAGAGGAACCAGAAGUUGAAGAAAAAACUCCUGUUAAGAAAGGUAAGAAUGACUCUAAACAAGUAAAAGGUAAGAAGUCACCAAAAUCUAAGAAAUAA